AUUAGGUUCAGGUUGUAUGCUGCAUUCUAUAAACAUAAAAGAAGUCAAUAAAUUAGGUUUCAUAAUUUGGGUAAUUUAUCAUUAACACUUUAUUAUUCAGAGCAACUUACUGUUAGUAAAAAUAAGUGUUAAUUAGACGCUAGGGUACAUUUAGACGGUUUAAUGCUGAUUCUAUUUAAUUAUUCGAAUUGCCUGUGCUAAAACACCUGUACGUGGUUAAUAUUAAUGUGAUAACUUAUUCGCCACUAUGCUUCACCGUCGUUUGAAAACUAGCGUAUCUCAUCAAAAUAUUAUUCACCAUAGUGGGCACAGACCUUAAGUGGAACCACUGGUGCAGACAACAGCGGCAGACACCGAUACUGUUUAGUGUACCCGUAGCCAGGAAUCAUGCAGUAUUGAAAUAACACGUUAUGAAAUUGGAACCAUCCGAUAAUAGUAACAACUUAGGUGUAAAGACAAAACCAAAAGUUACAGAGACGUAAAAGAAACAUUGUAUAUUUGCGGGAAGACGAUAAAAGACAGCGAAUUUCCAAGAAAACGAUAUUAUCAAAGCCUCUUCCAAGCUUUCUCCUCAAGUAAUGAUAAUUUUGAAGUUGGUGACGUUCUUAUACAUGGUGAUGGUGACGCGACAGAAUGUGAUCAGCAUCGCCCAGGGGCUUCUGCGGGGGGUCGCGAGGGAAGGGUACGUGUCCUACUCCGGAAUACCUUACGCCAACAUAACGGGCCCAACAGGCAGGUUCGCGAGAGCUGGCCUGGCUCCGCUUUGGGCUGGCAUUCGGGAGUCUAGGACUGUAAACUGUAAGUCGGCGUCCGAGGCCGAAGACUGCUUGCUGCUGGACGUGCACGCGCCGUCAGCAGUGGGGGGCAACUGGCCGGUGCUGGUGUGGGUGACCGGGGGCAGCGGCCCUUACCAACCCGGCAAGCUGGUGCAGGAGGGAAUCAUUGUAGUUGUCGUACACCAUAGACAGGGGCCUGUUGGAUUUCUAUGUUUGGGAAAUGAAAAAGUCCCUGGGAACGCAGGAGUGAAGGACGUUGUACUAGCUUUGCGAUGGGUGCGCGAUAACAUUGUCGCCUUCAAGGGAAAUCCAGACAAAGUAGUGCUCGCAGGCCAGAGCUUUGGAGCCGCCAUGGUGGAGGCUGUGAUACUCUCUUCUAUGGCUACCGGCCUCUACCACGGAGCUAUCUUACAGAGUGGAAGUGCUCUUGCUCCAUGGGCAUUUAACUACGAUGCGGAAGAACGAGCUCAAGCUCUGAGGAUAUCCUCUAAUAUUGACGUCGUUGCUGAUGAUCUUACAAAAUUGCUACUACGCUCUAAUAUAGACGAUUUAGUGGACAAAGCUAAUAAACUUGACGUUCCAUACUUUCCUUUUGGGAUGUGCAUUGAGAGUCCAUUAAAGAAGGAGGAAAGACUGUUAUCUGCGGCACCAUUUGACUUGUUGCUAAGCAAGAAAGGGACUUCGGUGCCUCUGGUCAUAGGGUAUAACGACAAUGAGGCUUAUGUGUUCAUAUCAAUGUUAAGAGAGGCAAGAGUCUUCAGAAGAAUGUCGGGUGAUCUAAGUUUUCUGUUACCAGAGGAAUUAAAGUUUUUCAACAGAAGAGAACGAAAGCAAAUCGGAAGACAGAUCAAAGAUAUGUAUUUUAAGAGAAAUUCUACAAUGGCUGCAGUUUUAGCUUACCACAGGGACGCGUACUUCACUAGUCACAUACAUCGGAGUGUCCGCCACCACGUGACGACGGCACCUGUCUUCUACUAUCAGUUUUCAUACUCUGGUGAGGUCGGAGUCCAGCAGGAGCCUGGGCUCCAGAAGGAGGGCGCAGCACAUUCUGAUGAGCUAUCAUAUCUGUUUAAUGAGGGUGACCUUGAAGGAGAGGACGGCGUUAUACAACGACGACUAAUUAAGCUCUGGACGAAUUUUGUCAAGCACUUGAAUCCGUCUCAUGAAAGUGAUGUGUCGUGGGAGCUAUCGAGACCCGGCAGCUAUCGCCUUCUAGACAUUGGCGCCGAUACGAAGAUGAUGGACUACCCUCAUUCGAGAUUCAUGCGUAUGUGGGACGAGAUCUACGAAAAGUAUUAUUACACGAGAAAUCGUAUAGCUAAUUGAAUAUAAGCGUUAACAUCCUUAUCCACAUUUUAUUAUGCGCCUAUUGCCCUAAUCAUUUAAUAAAACAUCACGCUACUUAUAUUUUCGUAACACUUUGUGUAACAAUUUCUGUUUUUUUUUUUCCAUCAAAUGUGUGCUCCUCGACUUUCUUGUGUGUUUCCACAACUGUCCUUUUUCUAUUCAAAUAUUAUUUUUGUUCUCCCUGACCCCAGAAGAUCAUCGGAUCUGGGCUGGGUAAAUUUAUUUUCUCCUAAACCCCCAUACAUUGCAAUAUUCUUCUUUUUCAUCUACUCUUUUUCGGAUUUAUUCGUUGCUAACUCUGUAUCUCUUCUUACCUUCGCCAACAACAAUAAAAAACUUAAAUUUAAAUUUAUAUUAUGCGCUUUUUACUGACUUUUAUUAACAAAGGUUUUGAUAUCGAUUGUGACGUCAUCGGUCACACGGACUACAUAAAUAGUUAAGCAAAACUGAACACCCUUUAGAAACACUACAAUAUUUGUACAAAAAUAACAUGCAUCUUAGCUGACAUUGAUGCAAGCAGGAGUUUGCACAAAAAACAUCACAACUCAAAUACUACAAUGAAUCGAGAAACACACAAAGAUCUGUCUCGAGUAUCUGUUAGUGUCUUCUAUAUCUGGAUAACCCCUCUUCAUUCUUCAAAACUUCAUCGAACACCCAGUAUAAAUUAUAAAUGAGGUUGAAAAAACUAAACGAGGAUUUCAAUCAAAAGGAUUAAAAAAAUAUUGUUCUUAGAUCCCUAAUGAAAUGUUAGUUCGAAUGAAAUCGUACCCACCGCCCGCCGGCGUAUUCAGUUUGAUUUACGUUUAUUGAGCAGAUUUGUUUGACGUUUGUUAACAACUUAUGCUUUUAAUGAGUUAUUUACCGAACACUUAAGUACAAUAAUUAAGCGUGCGGUGUUCUAAUUAAUUGCUACAUGCAACUAGACAAGUAGCUACUCAAAUCAUUACUUCAGUCAGAGAUACGAAUGACUAUUAAAUCAGUAAGCUGCGAACUUAGUAUGUGUGUGUUAAGGCUUAACAUGAGGUAGCUCAGGUACAAAUCAACAAAAUACUUGCUACAAGACUAGAAUCAUAUAGUCGUAGACUUCAAUUGAGGCCGAGAUCUCAGUUCGCGCGUUGGUUUACGUUAUUGGUAUUAAGUGUUGUGAGUGCAACAGAUAAUGACACGUAAACGUUUGGCAGCGACUUUUGUGACCACCGCAUGUUUCUGUAAGUAGCUAAGGUGUUUUUAAGAUGUCACAAAUAAAAAUGGUUUACUAAGUAGUUUACAUAGUUUUAAAUUAACUCUUCAAUAUUAAAACAACCAUUAAUAAGACAAAUAAAGAGAGUUUGAUUUAUAUUAUCGAUUCUGCCUAUUCAGAUUAAAUCUUAGUUACUGUUAUCACGUUUGCGAUCUGCAAUAACUAUAGAGAGAACCGUAUCUGUAUUU